CUGCGCAGUAGGUGUAAACAGGAAGAAACCGUAGAAUCCGGGCAAGAGAGCAAAGUACACUGAUAAUUUUCGACAGAAAACAUAAAAUAGCGCGUAUACAAGUAUUUGGGGAUAUGAUAAACAAUAACAUCGCGAUAUUAUAGAAGUUACGUGUUCUUAUAGUUGUAUUGCUACAUAAGCGGACUAUCUUGAGAAUCGGAUAUUUAUCUUAGCUAGGUCGACUAACUCGGAUUGUGGAAAGGAUUUUUAUCUUGCGAUCCAGAUCAAAUGCAUGGAACUGCCAGUGUUAAUCAAUGCUAACCCAUGGCUGUCGUUGCACCUAGCUACGCAGCUAUUUCCUGAACGAUUUUAGAAGCGCAAGAGGUGAAAAUAAAACCUUGCUAGGUUGCCAGUUUAUUGGCCAACUGCGGUUGAAUUCCUUUCGUUCUUUCGCCAGUCGACGCGAUGGCCUGCUGACCUCGAUUGAGGUAUUCGCAUAAGAGACAGGUUUGUAAUAUUUAUUAUCUGUACACACCGUCCGGUUAUUUGGAAGAUCGGCCGGACGCUUCGAAGAAAUGGUUCAGAAAGACAAGGCGGCGGAGGCGCCGCAACCGGAGGGCGAGCCGACCCGCAGCCCGUGUCGUGCGGAGGCGGCUGCAGAAGGGCAGGCGGCGGCCGAGGAGCCCGGCAUCGGCGUCGAGAGAACCGGCCGUCGGAAAUUCAUCAGCGGCGUCGUGGAAGGCUUUUAUGGGCGACCAUGGACCAUGGAACAAAGAAAAGAGCUUUUCAGGAGACAGCAAAAAUGGGGAUUGAAUACAUACCUCUAUGCUCCAAAAGAUGACUAUAAACACCGGAUGUUUUGGAGAGAAAUGUAUUCUGUUGAAGAAGCAGAGCAACUUAUGACUCUUAUCAGUGCUGCCAAAGAGCAUGGCAUUGAGUUCAUCUACGCCAUCUCCCCAGGGCUUGACAUAACUUUCUCCAACCAGAAAGAGGUUUCUACGUUGAAGCGAAAACUUGACCAGGUCUCACACUUUGGGUGCAAGUCCUUUGCUCUCCUGUUUGACGAUAUCGAUCACAACAUGUGCCCAGCGGACAAGGAAGUGUUCAGCUCCUUUGCCCAUGCCCAGGUGUCCAUCACCAAUGAGAUCUUCCAGUAUUUGGGAGAGCCAGAAAUGUUCCUGUUCUGCCCUACAGAGUACUGUGGAACCUUCUGCUACCCAAACGUCGCCCAGUCCCCAUACCUGCGGACGAUCGGUGAAAAGCUGCUCCCGGGAAUCGAAGUGCUUUGGACAGGUCCCAAAGUGGUGUCCAAAGACAUCACAGUGGAGUCUAUCGAAGAGGUGUCCAAAAUCCUGAAAAGGGCACCUGUUAUCUGGGACAACAUACACGCCAACGACUACGACCAGAAGCGGCUGUUCCUGGGCCCCUACAAGGGCAGGUCAACUGAGCUCAUCCCAAGACUGAAGGGGGUCCUCACCAACCCCAACUGUGAGUUCGAGUCCAACUUCGUGGCCAUCCAUACCCUGGCCACCUGGUACAAGUCCAACAUGAACGGAGUGCGGAAGGACGUUGUCAUGACCGACAGCGAGGACAGCACCGUAUCGAUCCAGAUUAAGCUGGAGAACGAAGGAAGUGACGAGGAGCUGGAGACAGACAUGCUCUACAGCCCCCAGCUGGCCCUGAAGCUGGCGCUCACUGAGUGGCUGGGGGACUUCGGCGUGCCUCACCAGUACAACAGUCGCCAGGUGCCUCACAGUGGAGCGAAGACUGCCGCCAUUGACAUGCCCUCCCUAGUCACCCCCACCAUGGGUUCCUCAACCACAGUGACCACCGUCUUCCAGCAGCCAAUCAUGAGCCAGGGGGCGGCGGUCGGGGCAGCAGCGGCAUCCCUGGGCGAGGAGCCCCACCCCCUGGGCAAGGAGGAGGAGGUGGAGGUGGAGGUGGAGGCUGAGAAGAAGGAGUCGGACGAGGAGCCCAUGGAGACGGCGGCGGAGAAGCAGGAUGAGACGGACGCCAAGAACGUCAACCAGAUCCUGACAGAGAUCGUCAAGGCUAAGAUGUCGGAGGAGCUGAGGCCCAUGGACACGGACAAGGAGAGUAUUGCUGAGUCCAAGUCGCCUGAGAUGUCAGUGCAGGAGGACUCGGGCAGUGACAUUGCGCCCAUGCAGACGGAUGACCAGCUGGGCAAGGAGCCCUUUGUGCCGGGCCCCAACGAGAAGCCACUCUACACCGCUGAGGCACUCUCACUGGAGGACCUCACCCUGCUGGCUGAGCUCUUCUACCUGCCUUACGAGCACGGGCCCAAGGCCGUGCAGAUGCUCAAGGAGUUUAACUGGCUCCGGGCCAACAGCAGCAUCGUCAGCGUCAACUCCAAAGGGAAGGAUCCGGAGAAGGUUGCUGAGUGGCAGUCGCGGGCGGAGAAGUUCGAGGAGAUGUGCUGCUCUGUCAUCCAGAUGUUCACCAGGCUUUCCAACUCGGCCAACAGGACCAUCCUGUAUGACCUCUACCCCUACAUCUGGGACAUAAAGAGUAUCAUCUCUAUGGUGAAGUCGUUUGUUCAGUGGUUGGAUGGAAGAAUUCUGAGCACGAGUUUCUACUGCUAUUGGAUCGACAGUGGCCGAUGGUGUCGUAGUCAGUCUUCAGCACAGUUCUUAAGCGGAGACCAAGAGCCCUGGGCCUUUAGGGGCGGUCUAGCGGGAGAGUUCCAGCGGUUGUUGCCAAUCGAUGGGGCAAACGAUCUCUUCUACCAGCCACCACCUUCGAUGCCUACCUCCAAAAUCUACUCCAUAAGGCCGUAUUACCCCAAAGAUGAGCCCGCCGUGUACAAGAUCUGCAGAGAGAUUUACAAUGAGGGGCUGGAGGGAAUGCCUUUCUCAGAGCAAGAGCCAGACCUGAUCGGAGACCGGUUGGUGGGCGGCUUCCUGACCCUUAGCCCAGACUACGGCUUCGUCCUGGAGGAUGAGGAGGGGGUCUGCGGCUAUGCCCUGGGCACCGUGGAUGUCAAGCCCUUCGUGAAAAAAUGCAAGAUGAGCUGGAUCCCCAGCAUGCAAGAGAAAUACAACAAACCUGACGUGGAAAAGGACCUGUCUGAGGCAGAGAAAAUGAUGCUGAGCUUCCACGAAGAGGAGGAGGGCCUACCAGAUUCCUUCCUCAGCAACUUUCCCUCCCUGAUCAAAGUGGACAUUCAUGCCAAGGUCACCGACCCCAGCGUGGCCAAGAGCAUGAUGGGAUGUCUGCUGUCCUCGCUCAAAGCCAACGGCUCCCACGGUGCCUUCUGUGAGGUGAGACAGAUGGAUAAAAGGAUGUUGGACUUCUACAGCAAGCUGGGCUGCUUCGAGGUGGCGAAAAUGGAGGGCUUCCCGAAAGACGUGAUAAUAAUGGGGAGGAGCCUGUGACCCUACCUUUCCAGAACCGACAGUGGGGGGGGCGAAAAAACAAACAAAACAAAAAAACAUGUUUAUAUGUACCACCACCACCACUAUCAGGAGUUGCCGUGGUAGCCUUUGUGAUUGCGUGCCGAAAAGCUGCAGGACGCGGCUGUUGAGAUUAAGGCUCUCCAUCCACCCCACCCCACCUAGAUUUCUCGGCUCGACCGCUCAGGGGCGUCUGAAGAUUCAAUUUAGGACUAAAGGCACCUCCCAUGUCCCGUCUCCUGUGAUUGCGUGGGAUACAGGGUGGACUUGCCCCCUCGGUUUCACACGGACCGCGUCCUGGCCGCUGGCACCGGCAUCACCAUGGUUUCACUUAACCUUUCUGUUGUGUCAGCAUUAACAACGAGUGUGCGUUGUGCGUGCGUGUGUGCAGGCGUGCGUGCGUGCGGAGAAGAGCUCCUUUUCGGCCACAGGUGGGUGGAGAGGUAGGUGGUGGUUACGCCUUAGCUGCUGCUGGGAGAGGGGGGUGGCCUCGCCUCCUUUCAUUUUUUUUUUCUCACCUCCAUUUCAUGGCUGCACUACAGGCUGAGCAGAGUCGACUUCAUUAUAGUCAGUGUUCAUUUUGACUGCUCUGCAGUUACAUCCCAGUUGGCCUGCUUUGUUUUCAUGCAAAAAAGCUAGUAGGACUCUUUCAUGUCGGGGAAGGAUCAGGUGCACGUGUGCUUCAAAAGAAUCUGGGGAGGAAAGCAAAACGUGGUACUCGCUUUUACCUCUUUGACGCCAUCAUCGGUGGUCCGCACUGGUAGGGAUCGAUGACGUGUGAAAGCGGGGGAGAAAAAAACGUUUGUGGUGUUUUCCUGAGCCCCUGUUUUUAAAAAAGCCCAUUGGACCAGACGCAAAUGUUUGAAUAGUCAUUCCAGUCCAGUGGUCUGACAAGACUGCACGCGGUUAAUGUUCCCAAACGCAAGUGCUUUUAAGAUUUUGCAGUUGUGCGCAUUGUUAGGACGUUGGUCACUGUUAUGAAAUCAAAGGCACUAGCACGCAGUGAGGAAAUCCGUAAGAGUCUGGGUGCAGAAUAUAAAUGGCUUUCUGCAGGCUCCUUUUGCCUUGCGCUGAAUCUGGUUAUCCACUGUGUGAGCCAGUGUGACGCUGGGCUUUAGCUUGGCUAACCCUGGCUUGGCUUGGGUUCGUAGAGAGCACAGAGCUGCAGCCAACCACAGGAUCGCUGAAGACCACUGUAAUACCCACAGUGGGAAGUUUCUGAUUUCAGCAUUAGGCGAAAUCAGAGAAAGGCAUUGCAUUGGUGGCGAUCAAAAACCUACACCUUGAUCAUAAACUACUGAAACAGAUGAUUGAACUGAACGACAAAUAUUCCCUAAUAAUGCUACUGGUCUCUUCCUUUCCCAAACCUAUCAUACUGAUGAAACUUAUAACUAUAACACUUCUGGUUUCAGAAACGUGAAGUGUUUCCUGUACGUUUACAGAAGUAUUCCCUGUUGCCAAAGUGGUGAAGGUACUAACUCAACCCACAUGGCCCUUACAAAUGGAAGUGUAAUCAUUAAAGGUGUUGGUUGGCCUUUUUGUAUCAAUGUAUUUUAUACUGGUGUUUUUGUUUCCUUUUUGUAAAUGUAACUUGAAAGACUAGAGCCAGCACUUUGACCAUAGCUCAAACAGUACGGCUACUGCUUAGACUGAGAUCUGCUUCUCAUGUAGCUAUAUUCUGUGAUUGCCUGACAACAUACUGUUGUAAUAUUGCAUUCAUUUGUGCUGUGCAUGAUGCAUAAUAGAUUGAACUUUCAACCAUUUGAAUCAUUAUGUCCAUACUAUGCUCCAUUCAGUAAGUUCAUAUGGUAUACAAACUGGAUGGAAUUGAUUGACCUGCCCCCUGGGGAAUUCAGAAUCAGUGCCGUGAUAUAAAUCCCCCUCAUUUCAUUCUGGUUUGGUCCCGUCCUUGUAGUUUCUACACCGAAAUAAACGUAAAAGGUGUGUUCUUAGGUGUGUGUUAAUCACCAAUGUUAUGUUACCUCAGACAUACAUUUUUUGGCUUCUUCAUGGUUCUUUUUUCUUGAUGAGCACAAACUAGUUCAUGCAUAAAAUUUCACUUUGUGAAAUACAGCACUUGUUUUAAUCCCACCUACCUUCCCUGCUUUCUGCCUCUCUAUGUUCCUCUUCCACAGCCCACUUCUAGUUUUGUUCACAUCGGUUUAGAUUGCCAUUGAGUCUCGCACCAGACUUACCGCUAGGUGCAUAGGACAAGAAGGUUGUGAUGAGCUUGUUAAAAGUUAAAAGUUCUGUUACACAUGGUCUUGGACAUUACAUCUUACAUUUAUUUAUUAUUAUUAUAAUUAUCAUUUUCAUGCUGAAAUGUUUUCUCACUUAUUUUAAAUAAUACUGGUUUCUCACUUAGGAAAGUGUGCUUUUUCUGUCACUGUUUUAAGGCCAUUUCAGAAAGCCUUCAAUUUAGAGUGCAACCCAGCUUCUGACAAGGAUAAUUCAAUGCAGCACUGCAGCAUUUCAUUAUAUUGGGAUGUAUAAGGAUGUGUAGCUAUAAUUUCU